GAACUUGUCAUCUCUGACUGGGGAAGUCUACCCUGACUUCACUAUAUGCUUCCAGCACACGGCCUUGACCUUCUUACCCUGUGGCUGGCUUUGGCUGACCUCUCCCAUUCAACUCAUCUAUCUCCAGAAACACACCAAAUUCCUGACACUCCCUCAAUCAUGGCUGUCAAUCACUCGAUUGGUCAGUUUGUUUAGUUUCAUUCUUAGCAAAGUAUUUGCUUAAGAGAUACUAUCUAGAAUACCUCAGUGAGGCUAUCUAAAAUACCUCAGUGAGGCUAUCUAAAAUACUUCAGUGUUACUAUCUAAAAUACCUUAGUGAGGCUAUCUAAAAUGCCUUAGUGAGGCAUAUCUAAAAUACCUUAGUGAGGCUAUCUAAAAUACCUUAGUGAGGCUAUCUAAAAUACUUCAGUGUGACUAUCUAAAAUACCUUAGUGAGACUAUUUAAAAUAUUUUAGUGAGAUUAUCUAACAUUUCUUAGUGAGAAUAUCUAAAAUAGAUUGCAAUUAAAUAUACUUUCUUCCUAUAAAAGAUAAAAAAAAUUCAUAGCAAGAUAAAGUAAGAUUUGUAUCCAUCAUUGUUAAACAUUGUAUUAAGGGAAAAUAAUAAAAGACUGAAAAGUUAAACCAAUAAAUCACAGAUAAAAAAUGUGAAACCAAUAAACCACUGAUGGUUGAAUCUUGUCAGAUUCAGAUGAUAAUUUAUUGAUCUUAAAUUGUUUUUUUCCAUUCUUUUCAGUUAUUUGCUUUGGCAUUAACUCUAAUCAGCGGACUACACAUGCUUACCCCCCUUGAAGAAGGUGGCGAUGAGGAAAUUUAUCCCACAUCAUUUUAUGUGUCACAGUCUGUGUGGACUUCAUCUUUUGUAUGUAUUGAUGAUGGCUGCAAGAUUUUUUAAUAUUCUUUAUUGCUAUAAAAAAAAUUAUGGUGUCGCCGCAAUUUCCAGGUGAUCACAGAAAAGUUAGCUAUUUAUUUCUACUACCCCAUAUCAUCAUGUUUAUAAAUAUUUUAGUCCGUCUCUCAUGUAUUCUGUCCACUGUUAUGAUUCAAGCUCCUCUUCAUUGGACUGAGAUCCUACUUAACUAAAACAUGUUCACAUCAAAGUUUGAAACUACACAAAUAAAACAGCUCUAUGUAAAAUUAUAACAUGGUUUUAACAUUGAUAAAUACCUUCUAAUAAAUGACUACAUUUCACCAUUCCAUCUUUGUCCAAACUGAUAACCAUAGUUGACAGCGAGCAUUCUGUAAUUGUGUCGCCAUCUGCAUAUUUUAUUAUAAUUAAGAUAACAAAAUAUUAUUGCACUUCAUCUGUGGCUAACUACUCACAGAAAUUUUAUUUUUGUGUCAGAAUGUAAAUGUGUUUUCUUGUCUUUGCCAGCUUAUGGUCUGUGUGUUGAUGGUACUGUCCCAACGAGCUGGGUGUCCAUCUCCCUGUGUUGUUUUUAUAUUUUGGACAUUAGCUCUGGUCUCAUAUGUCAUCCCAGUGUACACACUCGCCAUGCAGGAGGUCAGUUUGAUUCUAUAGUUAAGAAAGAUAAUUUUAUGUAAAGUAACCUGUAAAUUAAUCUAUAAACUGAUUACAGUUUAAAUCUUAACCCAUUUUCAGUAGAAAUUUUUUAAUAAAUCUUGAUUAAUAAAGAUUUUUGAUUCUUUGGUGCACUACAGGCUUAUGUCAACAACUCGGCUCAUUUUUCUGUAGUGUGUUCAACGUUCGCUUUAAUUGCUAUUGAGUUUGCUCUUCAAUGUUGUGGAGAAACAAAGGUCUUCCUCACAGAGCCCAUACUAAAUGGAGUAAGUUACAACCAUCUUAUUCCAACUAUUUUUCUUUAGGAAUUGUAUCUGCAUUCAUUAAACCACAAAGUUGCCCACAAUCAGCUGGUCUAUAUUUAGCACUUUUGUGACGGUACCAUCACUAAUAGAUUAGCUAAGGUAGCAGCAUAGAAAUUUUCACAUGUUAAAGUAUUAAAAUAACCUAAGAUACACAAAAAUUAUUUGUGUACAAAAAUAUGGCUCUACACUUUGGUAACAUUGAGACCCAUGAAUAUAAAUGGGAUGUUAUUAAGUAAAAAACAUUUACUUUAUUAAUUAUUAUUCUUAAAAGGAAAACAAUUAUUAUUAAUAAAUUGUUAGUUGCUUUUGUUAAUUAUUUAAUUUUAUGGUACAAUGAAUUUUUUAACAGUUGGCCCAUGAGCCAAGUAAACAUGUUUCUCAUUACUAUAAAACAUUUACUAAGAAAUUUUUCAUCUGCAGACACCUUGUCCAAUGUUCAAAGCAUCAUUUAUGUCCAGACUUACUUUCUCCUGGGUGUUCAAGUAAGAAAAAAAAUUGUUUUUCUAUAAAAGGAAAUAUCAAAUGACAUAAAUUACUUUUAAAAAAUAAUUUUUCUUUAUGUUUUCAGUAAGUUUCAUUAGUUUCAUUCAUUAUAAAGAUUGUUUGUCUUUGUAAACUGAUAACAUUUUUCUUGAACUAAGUUGUCAAGUUUCUGUCAGUACAUUAAAGACCACAUAGGACCUUUUAAAAUUUUGUUUAACUGUGUGGAAAAUUGUUUGCCUUUGAGAAUUCCAUAUACAUUGGAGAUUAUACAGCUUAACUGGGUAAUUGCUCAAUAAGGGCAGCUUUUUCUUUGAAAUAAAAUCAUAUGAAUAAAUUAUGGUAAUUUUGCAUUGUUAAUACUUGAUCUUUUUGACUACUUACAUUGACUUUGGAAUUAUUUGGGCUACUGCUUAAUUCUUCCGUUUCCAAAAUCUUAAAUGAAACUGAAAAAAGAUGAACAUAACAAAUGUGAAAGUGAUCCGAAGUGUCCAAAAAAUAUUACAGUUGCUUGAUUAAAAGCCAUUACCAUCUUAAAAUGUCCAGUAAAGAAAAUUGUUAAAUGUUAUUAAAUUUCUGCUUUAAAAUUUAAUAAACAUGAUUAUUAUUUUUAGUCAGAUACCACCAAUGACAAUUAGAAGAUAUUUUUUUUAGUCAGGUACCACAGAUGCCAAUUAGAAGAUAUUUUUAGACCAAUGCCAAAUAUAAGAUUCAGAUAUUUUUAGUCAGGUACCACCGAUACCAACUAGAUGACACAAAAUUUCUUACCAAAUAUCCUCUCUAAUUCUCCACAAAAUACAACAGAGACUCAUAUUUUUUAACUUUAUAUUAUUAAAGUCAGUUUCUCUCCUAACAGCUUGGUGUACACAGGAUACAAGAAGGUGGUUGUUCUGUCGGAUAUAUUUGAUGUUCCCAUCUUGAUGCAGUGUCGCCAUAAUGUGCCUGACUUCAUGGAAGUUUGGUUGAAGGAGCUCAACAAUAAAAGAUCUCCUCACAAGUAUUUUUAUUUUAUUUACAUAAAUAAAGACAUAGUUAUAUAUACAGGAAGUUGGAAAACAUGUAUAAUAUUAUUUUAUUUUUUUAAAAUAUUGAUUGAAUUGAUAGAAAUAUCAAAAUCCAAAUAAGCUUCAAAACAUCUUUUAUGAAUUUGAUUUUCAUUUAUGAUGUCCACCAACAUUGGAGUAAAUUGUUUUUUGUGUGCUGAAUUUUCUUGUUUUCUCUUUGCCAGGAAGAAAGAAGAGCCGUCAUAUAUCUAUAGAAAUGGCACAGGCAACAUAACAAAUGGUGCACAGCACAAGUCAGAGGAAAAGACAUCAACAGAAAAGACACUACUGUUGCCAAAAGAAAAAGAGGAGGAAAGAUAUCCAAAGGGGAAUAAGCCUUCUUUGUACAAAGUGCUGGGGAAAGUGUAUUAUCUGGCCCUGUUUAAAGCUCAGAUGGUUGGGCUGCUGGGAGAUUUGAGUGUGUUCAUUAACCCUUUGCUUUUAGAGUAAGUUUUAUUUAACUCUUGACACUAACAUUUGUUUAAAUAUAUGAUUUAUAUGAUAAAAAUGUAAGUACAUUUCAAUAGUGAUAGAAGCAAAUACAGUUUAAAAUAUACAUCAGUAACAGUUUCACCACACCUAAAUAACCACAAUAUUGAGAAUAACGGACGAUAAAGUUGUCAUCUUUCUUGACAUAAUAAAAAAAUACCCUACCCUCAGAUAAGUCCAACUUGAGGAAAUCCUGUAAAUUUUUCUGCAAAAGGGAUCUUCCAAAUAAUUCCUGGAUCAGAAUAACUAUUAUAAGCUGGAUAGAGAUUGCUGUAAGUGAAAUUGAUGACAUAACUAUGUGCUUUGUCAUUAUAUUCAUUUAUACAACCUUUUUCUUAGGUAAUUGAUUCUGCUGCAUGGUCGGAAAGCUGAGAAACUAUACUGAAAUAAAUUCGGUUGACUUACAUUGUUUUUUUUUUUACACAGUCAGAUAAUUGGCUUUGUCGAAAAUAAAUCAGAAUACCCAGAGUGGCAAGGUUAUGUCCUUGCUUGUUCAUUCUUUGCCAUCUCCUUUGUGAACUCCAUGAUGAACAACUACCGCUUCUACCACAGUAGCAACAUUGGUAUGCAGGUCAAAACGGUCCUCACAGCGGCAGUUUAUAAGAAGGUCAGACAACAUUUCCCGCUAGAUAUUUUGUGCCCAGAAAAUACAUGAUAGAUAACUUGAUUAAAUUUUAUUUUUAGCAUAAAAAUAUAAAUAAUAUUUGAAAAGUUAAUGUAAUUUGAAAUAUUUUAUUACACAAACUGAUUAAUUUCUUAGUUUCCCUUGAAUCAAAAAUAUAUUUAUAAAUUGCCAACUGAAUACAUACAAAAUUAAAUAUUAAAAUGAUUUCUUUAUACAUGACUGGUAUGAAUUACUUCAAUAUCUUUAAAGAUCACAUGUUUGCAGCAGUUAAUUUAAAUAUAAUUCUACCUGACCCACUUUGUGUCAUUUCCUCUGUUCUAAACACUGUUGAACCACACACUGACCUGUUUUGUUCUUCAGUCAUUGACGAUGAAUGCUGAGUCAAGGCGAAAGUUUACGGUUGGGACAAUCGUCAACUUGAUGGCUGUGGAUUGUCCUAGGUUUCAGGAUCUGACAACACAGUUGUAUGUGCUGAUCUCUUGGCCCAUACAGAUCUCCAUAGCCUUCUAUAUGUUAUACGAUACCCUUGGAAUUGCUUUCAUUGCUGGUGGGUUAUUGUUUUAUAUCACACACAACCUUUGCUCUCUGUUUGAGUAGGUUAUUGCUUUAUUUUACACACAACCUUGGCUUAUAUUUGAAGGAAUAGCUAAUUAAAAUGUAUCAAUUUUUUUUUCUCAUUGCUUUUAGGUAUUGUGGUACUGAUGCUUUUGAUUCCAACUAAUGCAAAGAUUUCAACCCUCACCAGACAAGCUCAAGCUAAGCAGUUAACAUUCAAAGAUCAGCGAAUUAAACUUUUUAAUGAAAUCUUGAAUGGUGUCAAGGUAACAUCAAAUGACAAACCAAAAGUUUUCAUUGUGUGAAUAUUUUACUGCCAUGAUUUGAAUUUAUCGUAACCAUUAUUGAAACCAUUUUAGUUUUAUAUGAUUUAUAUCAAGCUAUGGCUGAGUUAAAGAUUUUUUAAACGUUUUUCUUUGUAUGGGUGUAUAAAAUCUUGUUGCUAUCAUGUGUAAGAUGUGUUUUUUUAAUCUUAUCCACUGUCACUUUAAAAAUAAUAAUCCAGUAUUUUGUCAUAUCAUAUCUAUUUUAUGAUAUUUCUUCAGGUAUUAAAGUUGUAUGCUUGGGAACUUUCAUUUAGAAAUAAGAUCCAUGAGUUCCGUCAUCAAGAAGUAAUUCAACUCAAGAAAGCUGCACUCUAUCAGUCAAUUCAGACUCUCUGCUGGCUUCUGGCCCCUAUUCUGGUAAGUUUUAGACAGUUUAUAUAAUUAAAUUCUACAUUGUGUUACAUCUGCAUCUGUCACUCCAUAUUUGGGAUAAAGAAUUGAUACAAUCAACCAUAAUUGUUUGAUAUUUAUACAAAAAGUUAAUGUUAAUUUUAGGAUUGAUCACAAUACCUUUUUACCAAAUGCAUCCUCAUGUUGUAGUUUUUUGGUCACAAUGUUUUUGUAAUAGUUUAUUACUUUUUAGAUGAUUUGUUACAUCCUUAGAUUUCAGACUGCUGAUGUGGUACAAUUUGAUGCACAAUUUUCAUUUUAAUAAAUCUUUUGUUAAAUUGGAAGAAAGAUAGUUUCUUAGGAACCACAUCAUAUAGUUUGAGAUGCACUGUUGUACCUGAAUGUGCUAUUAACUACUGUUUUGUAUUAAAGUUGAAUUUUUUGUUGUAGGUGACAGCUUCUACUUUCAUAGCCUAUGUGUUGAUCACCGGUAACUCAUUGACACCAUCCAAAGCUUUUGUUGCCAUGAACCUGUUCAACACCAUCCGGCAGCCAAUGAACACUCUUCCCAUGUUGAUCUCACAGAUGGUUCUGGUAAAUAAUUGUCAUGGGUGUAACACUGGCUUGUCUUAGUUGUACUUUGUCACAGCUGUAAACAGUCCCAAAUUGUCACAAUUUUGUAACUUGUUAGAGUUAAGAAUUACAUAUUAAUUUUGUUUAAAGUCUUUCCCAGUUUUUUUUACUGUAAAUUUAUCAUUUCCUGGAUGUUACAUUUAUUUAACUCCAGAAACUUAAACUUAAUAUGAUAUUUACAAAUCUCAUUGCCUACAACCAAGGGCUUUAUAGGGAUAGACACAUUUUUAUAAGACUACAGAAGUGUUGCUCCCCCUUUUAUCAUCAGUUUUAUUUUCCCUUUCCUAGUGUCAUGUUUCCAUGGAGCGGCUUAGAGAUUAUUUGUCUGGAGAAGACCUGGAAGAUAGAAAGACUGCAGGAAGUUCUGACGGUUGGUUUAUAAUUAAAAUAUUUUCUAAGAUAUAUAUUUUGUUAAAGCGUAUAAUCACCUUGAUACAUUUUUAGUAAAUAAAAUAUUGAAUCUACAAAAUUAUUCACUGCAAAUUUCAAAUUAAAUCCCCAGAAUUCCCAUUAGUUAUGAAAAAAGGCACCUACAGCUGGGACAAAGCCAUGCCACCGGUUCUCAAAAAGUGAGAUACGUCUGCUGUUAAAUUUUUUUAUUUUAAAUGUUUUCCAAUCAAUUCAUGUCAGUGCCACUUUGUUAACAUCACAGAAAAAAUGAACUCCACUUCUUAAGGAGUUCUGAGCUUUCUAUGUCUAUUUAUUCAAAACAAGCACUAAUAAAAAGUUGAUAAUUGAAGAGAAUAAAAUAUCAUCUCUAAACAGUUGUAAAUGCAAAUCUUGAGUUGAUGGUGUUAUUUAUUUUGCACUGAUUGGAAUCACUUCUUCAAAUGCUGUAAUAAAUCAAAAGGCCAACUUCCUGUGUGUGGCUUUCACUUCAAUGUACACAAUGUAGGCCUCAUACCUUCACUUCAUUGUACACAAUGUAGGCCUCAUACUUUCACUUCAUUGUACACAAUGAAGGGCUCAUAAUUUCACUUCAUUGUACACAAUGUGGGUCUAAUACUUUCACUUCAUUGUACACAAUGUAGGCCUCAUACUUUUACUUCAUUGUACACAAAGUAGGCCUCAUACUUUCACUUAAUUGUACACAAUGAAGGGCUCAUACUUUCACUUCAAUGUACACAAUGUAGGCCUCAUACUUUCACUUCAAUGUACACAAUGUAGGCCUCAUACUUUCACUUCAAUGUACACAAUGUAGGCCUACCUCUUUCACUUCAGCUUCAUCAUAUUUCUAUAGGGUCAGUGUGUCCAUUCCUAAAGGCAAAUUGGUGGCUGUUGUUGGUCAGGUAGGGACUGGGAAGUCAUCCUUGUUAUCAGCUUUUCUGGGUGAGAUGGAAUGUGAUGGUGGCACUUGUAGCAUUCAGGUUAGUCCAAAUGAUGAUUAUAUUAUGUUAAUUUAUGAAGAAUUUUAUAACUUUCCAGAAACUUUUAGACGCCAUUUUUAUCAGCAAUACUUUGUCCCUGCUUUUAUCUCCUUUUUCAUCUUCCUACAAGUUGCAUUCAACUGCAUUAUUUCCCUUUAGGGUUGCAGCUGAAAGUUGCUUGAACGCAAUCCUAAAAUUUAAAAAAUAUAUUUUUCAUUUGUUGACUUAAGUAAAUUUUCCAUUUUCUACUUAUCAGGGAACAGUUGCCUAUGUACCACAGCAAGCCUGGAUCCAAAACAUGACACUUAGAUCCAAUAUAUUAUUUGAACUACCCAUGAAUGAAAAACGCUACAGAAAAGUAAUAAAAGCCUGCGCUCUGGAACAAGACAUUGAACUGCUGCCUGGGGGGGAGAUGACAGAGAUUGGGGAAAAGGUGACUUUAGAACAUUAAAUUGAAAAAAAAGAAAUUGUAUUUUAAUAUGCCAUUUCCAAUACCCCAAAAACAUAAAAGAAUAUUUUAUUUCAUACAAUAUUCCAGUCCAAUAUUUUCAGAGAUACAAUACCAAUUAUAAUGUGACAGUUUAAAAAUAAAAUAUUUCAUUUCAAUACUUGUCAGCUUGCCAUUAAAUCAUGGUAUCCGGUUGUCAUAUUUCAGUUUAUCAAUUUGUCAUAUAUUCAGGGUAUCAACUUAUCAGGGGGUCAGAAGCAGAGAAUCAGUUUGGCAAGGGCUGUGUACCACAAUUCAGAUGUGUAUUUGCUAGAUGACCCGCUGAGUGCUGUAGAUGCUCAUGUAGGCAAACAUAUAUUUCAGCAUGUGCUGGGCCCACAAGGAAUGAUAAAAAACAAGGUGAUUGAGCCAGUGAAAGCUUUAAAGAUGAUUAGUUACACAGUAGUUGCACAGUAAAAUUUUUGCCUAUCUUUCAAACAAGCUUCUAAUUUAAAAUGUAAUAUUUAUGAAUAGAUAAAAAUGUCUUUUAUUCAACAUCAUAUUGCUCAUUACAGACUAGGAUAUUGGUCACACAUGGAAUACACUGGCUACCGCUAGUUGAUUCCAUCAUAUGUAUGGAUCAGGGGCAAAUAACCGAGUCUGGAAGUUAUCAAGAGUUAAUGAGUCAUGAUGGGCCUUUUGCCAAUUUUGUAAGGACAUAUUUACUGGAGCAUGAAGAUGAGGACAUUGAUGACCCUGAAGGUGAGAAAUUCAUUUCAAGUAACCCACUUGUGCCACUCUAUAGUUUUCAAUGUUUCUUUCGUUUUAUUUUGACAGAGGCUACUGAUACAAUUUCGUUAAAGAUGGUUUUUUCUAAAGGCUAUAUAAAGAUUUUAUGGUUUUGUGCAUAUAUAUAAAGUUUUAACACUUUAUAAGACUAUAUCAGUUAUUUAUAUUCUAAGAUAUUAAUGUAAAUUUAUGUGUAUAGCAGCGUAUUUUUAAAUUUUUUAGAAAUUAUUAUUACUAGUGAAUUAAAUACAAUUCCGAUUGAAAAAUUUAAACAAUUUUUUUUUUUGGUGAGGUUAACUUAAAACAAUUUUUAUUUACAUUCAACACAGUUCGGCUGUUGAAGGAACAAAUGAUUGAGCAAGUAACUGCUGUAACAUCAGAUGAAGAACAUUCAUCACUCAGGCUAAGAAGGUGAGGCUCAAUGAAAUCUUAAUGUAAGUGGUUCUCAUAUUAUAAAAUGUUGUCAACAUCUGACAUGUUCCAAGUAAACUAUCUUUUUUUUCUUAAACUGCAUUGUCAUUUUGAACUAUCAAAGUUGAUUUGAUUUUUUGUUGUUUUUUUUAUUGAAUUUUAAUAAUAAUUUAUACAUAUUUAUUUUGAACCAAGUGAUAAGUAAUUUAUAAAACUUAUAAUUUUUAUGAAUUUCAAUGUCCACAGAUCAAUAUCAGACCAACGCAGCAAAAGUUUUGCAGAUGGCUCAGUUUUACGCAGCCAGAGGUCCCUACGGUCCACAGCUUCUGCACAAGAUAAUACUUCCACUGCAAAAGAAACUAAACGUGGGGGUCAGCGAGUUGGGCAGCAGCUGAUUGAAGAAGAAAAAUCUGAAAAAGGAAAGGUUGUUAACCUCCUUUAUUUUACAUUUUAGAAAUUAGCAUAGAAUUUUGAAAUGUAUAUAUCAAGCAUUGCCCUCUAAUAUAAUUGGCAAUAGAUAAUUUAAGUGCAUUUAAAUCUAUAUAAAAUCUCAAAAACUUUAUAGAACGUUAUUGUAAAACAUGAAAUCACUUGGCCUGAAUUAUAAUUUAUUUGCUGUUAGUAAAUUAUUUUAAGAGGCUGCUAUGAUUACCCAAUAUAGGUUUAAAUUUUUAUUUGUUUAUUACAUAAUAACUGUAGAAACAAAACUUUCUUCAGAGUUGUUAUGAUUUUCCUAUUAAUAGUAAGCAGGAUUUGAAAUUGACAAAAAAAUAAUUAGUUGACAUUUGCUAUGCAUAAAGACUCAUGGAAAACAUAACUUAUGACAAAAACAUGAGAAUAACUUAUAGAGCUAAAUAAAUGUGAUAUAAUACAUUGCUUUAUUUGUUUGUUUUAAGUGAUGUUUUCAAAAAUUAAAUUUGGAGGCUUUGAAAUAACUUGUAUUUUUUUAAAAUCCAAGGUGCGUACAGCAGUAUUUCUAACUUUACUUAAAGCAUUCGGCUACAUCUCUGCCCUGAUGGUGCCAAUCACUCUUGUACUUUACAAUGGUUUCAACAUCGGGGCUGGUAUCUGGUUGUCUGACUGGACUGAUGAUCCAUUUCUACGAAAUGAGAGCAAUGCUGGGACCAAUGAUUACACAUCUAAAACAUACAUGUAUCUUGGUGUCUACUCAGCUUUGACUUUAGCCCAAGGUUAGGAAAUGCAGUUUAUACUAAAUUACAUGUCAAUAAACAUUGGGGUGGGAUAUAAAAACAAGAGUUACAUGUUAAGUAUCACUAAAACUAUUUCAUUCAUGUUUAAGUUGAAAUCAUAGCAUUAAUAUUUCUAGGAACAAUAACUGUGCACUGUUGAGAGAUAAAGAAAAAUAUACCAGUUUUUCUACAACUCUAAGAAAUAAACACAGUUAUUAAUUUUUAAAAUUUUUCUUUGCCCAAGAAGCUUUAAAUAAAGUAGAAUUUAAACUACAGAUUCUAAUAAAUAAUGCACCUCUCUUCCCAGUGGUCACCAAUGCUGUGUUUAUACUUCUCAUCUAUGUUCAAUUUGUCAAUGCUUCUCGGCGUCUUCAUAACAGCAUGCUGGAAACUAUUCUCCACCAACCAAUGGCUUUUUUUGAUACAACUCCACUUGGCAGGAUCCUAAAUAGGUGAAGCUUUAUCUUAACAUUAGUAAACUAGAAUAUAUGACCCGAUGUUAUGAGGAUAAUGGAAAAAAUAUUGCACUAAUUGCCACCUUUUCUUGCGCAGUCACAACAUCUAAAAAUCCAAUUUUUAUAAAUGUAACUGAAUCAGUUUUUGAUGUAUUGUAUCCUCAAAGAAAUUUUUUAUUUAAAUAAUAAAAAUCUUUAACGCCCUUGAACUGAAUAUUUAGGAAAUAAUAAUAGUAGACUUUCCUUAUUUUUAAAGACUGAUCUCUGUAUAGAUAUUACGUUUCACAUAUCAUUGGGUUUUAAGAAUUUUAUUCUUAUAUAGGCCAUCUCAACCAUUUUUCAUGCCAAUGAAAUACAAAGAAAACAUAUUUUGUAAAAAUUGUAAAAACAUGUACUUAACUUUAAAAAAAAUGCGCAUGUACCAUUUUAAAUAUCUUUAGCAUUUUAACACAUUUUGAUCAAUUGGCAUAAUCAUUAAAAAAAUACCCAACCUCUGCCUCAUUCCAGAACCAUAUUAUUGUAAAAUCGUUAAAAACAUCCUUCUUCAUAUUUUAAAGAUAAAUCCGUUAUCCACUUUUCACAACUAAAAGUCUUGUUUUUUUAUAUCUAUCUUAAUUUCACAAAAAGUUCACACGCCCCUAAACUGUAUUUUGCACAAAAUGGAAAAGCAAAUAUUUCCUUAUAUUUUAAGAAAAUCUUAUCCCCUGUUUGUUCAUGCCCUGAACUGUAUUUAGUGAAAUAAAUAGUAAUACCUGUAUCUAUUUUUAAAGAUUAAAUUUUCAUGUCUGUAAAAUUUUGGGUUUUUAGAUAUUGUUAUCCACAUAAAAAUGUCCCCACUCUCGUUUUUUCACGUUAAAACUUAUUUUCAGUAAACAUUUACAAUAAAUUUUAAAAUUUAACAUAUUUUUAUCUUCAUAAAUAUGUGCCCAUCCAUUUUCCUUGCCCUUGAAUUGGAUAAUAUGAUAUAUAAUAUUUAGAAAAAUUGAAAAGUUAAGAUGCUCUUAUCUUCAAAGAAAAUCUUAUCCUCCCCAGCUUGACUGGGUUUUGAGGUAUGGGUAUAGACUAAUUAUGUCAAUGUGUCCACAAUGUAGCAAUGCCCUUGAAUUGCAUUUUUGACAUUACUGUAAUACAUAUUUAUUUAAAUUAAAAUCUAAAAACCUCUUAUUUUAUAUUAUCUAUAAACUAAUUUUCUGGAAAUAUUGGAAAAUAUGGCUUGAUCAUCUUGUUAUUUUAACUACUUUUCUCUUUUGUAAUUAUUUUCUUUAAAUAUUGGAAAAUAUUGCCUGAUCAUCAUUUUGUGUCAAUCUUGAUUUAGGGAAAACCUUAAAAUCGGGUAUCCUAAUUUCCUGUAAAAAUAGUUUAAAAAUAUUUAACUCUAACAUUCAGAUAAAUACUUAAAUAAUUCUAUAACUAUUAUUUUUGUUAGUUAUUUAUAAUAAUAUUACUUACAUUGUAAAGAUUACAUAUAUUUACAUAUUAUAAGAAUAUUGUUUUAUCGGAUUUAAAUUGAUUCAAUUUCAGUAAAAUAAAAUAAAACUUACUAUUAUCAUUUUUAAGAAAUUCCUUUAGUGCAUGAAUUUCAGUUUUUGUGGUUAUUGAACACAAAUUUACAAGCUCUUUGGUGCAGUUAUAUGGAAUUUUAUAUUGUGCACUACUGAAAUGAUUUUUUAAAUUUAAGUUAAAGUUUUCAUGAUUGUUUCAAAACAGGCCAUCACAGGUUGUAUUUCUUUUCAUUCAAACAUUUAUUUUUAUUUCAAGUUGAUUAACCUUUAUCGAGUCAAAUAUGACAUUUUCUCAACUAAAUUAUCUAAAUGUUCUCUUAUGUGCAUUUUAUAAUCAUUCAUCACAAACCUAGUCUCUUUUAGUUUCUCCUGACUUCGUUCUAAUUAUUGAUUCAAUUUAUUAUAAAGCCAUCACAAAGCCUGGUUACUAUGUAAUACUUUACAGAUUCGCUCGUGAUGUUGAUGUUUUAGACAGCAAUUUGUCUCGUCAACUGCGGAUGGUGCUCCAAACUUUGUCUACAAUUGUGGGGAUUGUCAUAGUUAUAUCUUACACCACACCUAUCUUUCUGGCAGUCGUUGCUCCAAUCUUUAUAGUUUAUGUCCUGUUCCAGGUUAGCUUUACACCCACACUUUUUUUUUACACAUUAGAUUUGGCUCUAUUAGUAUGUCUUCAUUUAGAUAAUCUUUAUGGCAAUAAUUAAUUUACUUUUUGAAUCCAACUCUGAGAUAACUGGUUUAGUUAGGUGCUUUUUAGGUUAUCUGAAUUGUCUAUCAUCCUGGAAAACUUUAAAAUAUUUCUCACCUUAUUUAAAUUAAUCGAUCUACUAGAUAAAUACAUUUAACAAAGUUUAACCUCUAUUUCUUUAUUAAUUUUUAGAAUAUUAUUUAACUGAAAUUCUUUUUAGAUUAUGUUAAAGAAGUAAAGUUAAGAUGUAAAAUUUUACUUUGCAGAAAUUCUACAUUCCGUCUUCCCGCCAAUUCAGGCGUCUUGAAUCAACCACUAGAUCUCCUAUAUUUUCCCACUUCUCUGAAACCAUUAAUGGAGCCAGCAGUAUUCGGGCUUACGAUGCUUGUGACAGAUUUUUCUUAGACUCUCAGAGCCAAGUGGAUGUCAACAACAAAUGUUUCUUUGCCUCAGGCUCUGCUGCGCGGUAUAGAAUAAUUCCUUUGAAUUAAAAAUUAAAAUAAUGAUUUAUUAAAAAUUCAUUUCAGCUUAUGCUUUGAACUGAAAAUGAUUUGUUAAGAUGAAAUUUUAGAAAAAACAUUACUAAACUUUGUAAAAAUUGAUUGAAUAUAACAGUCGCUAAUUCAUGUUGAAAAAUUAUCUGCAGAUGGCUGAGAGUGAGGCUAGAGAUUCUUGGCAGUAUGAUUGUUUUAUUUGCUGGCUUAUUUGCCGUCAUCUCUGAUGAUAUCUCUGGCAGUUUGGUCGGUUUGUCCAUUACGUACGCCCUGCAGGUUGGUUUAUUUGUCCAGUACAUAUGCCCUUAUAUUUUCAACUUACAGACCUUUUGGAACUUUUCAGAGUGAUUUAACUUUUUCAAUGUUUUGAUCAUUUAAAUUAUUAAAAAUAAAACUAUAUUGUAUAGUUGCUUUUAAUUAUUAGCUUUUGUCAUACAUAUGAAGUAAAUUCAUGAUGAUAUGUUGUUUGCUUUAUCAGAUCACUCCUUUUUCAUGUUUUUUAGCAGCAUAUUGAGUUGUGCACAUUUUGAUAUAAAAUAAAAUUAUAUUUCAUUAAAAGAGGCUAAAUUUAUUUACUGUUUCAUUGAUUACGAUCACCAUACCUCACCGACAUAAUAUUGAGAUAGACAGUAAGAAAAACAAGGGCUAACAAAAUUAUUCUCAGGUGACGGUGGCGUUAAAUUUGUUGAUACAGAACACAACAAUGCUUGAAACUAACACGGUCUCCGUUGAGAGGAUUGUUGAGUACACUAAUUUAGAUCAUGAGGUUUGUUGUUUCAUUUUCCUAUUCAAUACUUCUCAGGUCACGGCACAAAUGAAUCUGAUGGUGCAAAAUGUGACAGACUUAGAGACUAAUUCUGUAUCGAUAGAAAGAAUUGUGGAAUAUACAGAGUUAUCUUUGGAGGUUUGAGCCACGGCAUAUCACUGAACAAAUUUGCUUGCACUUGGUGGAAGGCUGUUUCUGUUAUAUACAUUUGCUUUUCUUUAUUGCUGAAUACUUAAUGAAAUCUCUGCUGAUGGUCGCUUAUGCAGAUUGCAAAUGAUAUAUUAAAAAACCUUAUGACAAUUUCCGGGCAAUAACAACUUUUUUUAAAGCAUGUGCUUUUUUGCUGUAUUCUUUAUACAGUUUAUUUGUGUGCACAAUUUCUCACUAAAUUGCACUUAAUGAUUUGGAAUAAACUGCCUGCAGUUAUGUUACACGAUCUUUCAUGCUAUUUUCUCACUUCUUGUGCAAAUAAUAGAAAUAAUUUAUCUUAAUAUUUAAUUUAAUAUAAUUAUUAGUAAUUCAAUUAAUUUUCAAAGAAUAUUUUUUUUAACAAUGUCUUAAUUAUUUGGUGAUUUCUACGCUGUUUUGAUUAAUAAUUAAAUGUUAAUGUUAAUGUAAUACAAUGUAAAAAUCAUUGUAAAACAAAUCUCUGUAAAAUAUGUCUGAAGAAUUAUUUAAAAAUUUGAACCUUGUGAUAGAUUUCUAUACCUGGCAUUUUCACUUAAUCUAUAGCCUGAUUGGGUUCAUAUGGAUAAUCGACCUCCAGCGCACUGGCCAGACCAAGGCUCGAUUAAGUUUGAAAAUUACAGCACUCGGUACAGGGAUCAACUUGAUCUUGUGCUCAAGAGAGUUUCAUUUACAGUUAACCCUGGAGAAAAGGUUGGCAAAAUAUUUCUGUCUUCUUAAAUAUUGUAUCUAUCUCAGUUGUGUCUAAUUUUUUGAGACCACUGUGCAAACAUUUCUGUUGUGUGUUAAGCAAUAGCAAUAGUUCAUUCACAUGUCAACAGUAUUGCAUUGUAUUUGAAAAUAAAACAAAAUUAAAGCCAUCUAAAAAUUCUUUUUACAAUAUUAACCCCAUGCUUAAAUUAUUAUUUUUUUCAAUAAAUUUUGUCAUCUAAAAAAAAAUAGGUUUAUGUUUUGCUAUAAUAAGGAAAGCAAUUGAUACAAUUUUGACAUUGGCACACUGAAACAACUCAAGCACAUUAAUACUUGACUCUCAUCUUUGCAAAAAUCUUGUAAUUCUUUGUAUUUUAACUUUCAACAGUCUUGAUUUGGCAAUAAAUAAAUUAUAAAGAAAUAUGCUUUAAUUUUCUUUAGAUAGGUAUUGUUGGACGUACAGGGGCAGGAAAGUCUUCUCUUUCCCUUGCCUUGUUCCGUCUGAUCGAGGCAGCUGAAGGUCGUAUUCUUAUUGAUGGUAUUGAUGUCAGCACCAUAGGAUUACAUGACCUUAGGUCCAAGUUGACUAUUUUACCUCAGGUAAAUAACUAAUCCAAGCAGAUAGGUUUUUUUUUUAAAGUCAUAAACAUAUUAAACUAUUUCAUCAGUUAUUACAACAAUUGUUUUGGAUAUACAGUCAUUCAAAUAAAUUUCUCUGCUGUCAUGAAAUAAGUGUCGAGCUACAACAAAAUUGCUGAAUCUCUAAACAUACAUUAUUUGCAAGACUACUACAGGAAAUUUUACAAUAGUUUUUAUACUAACUUUGUGCCUAUCUUCACGGCUUCACAACAUCUCCAUUAAUCCAAGGUAUUUGUUUCCCUGUAGGAUCCGGUUCUAUUUUCUGGGUCCAUGAGGUUCAACCUUGAUCCAUUUGAUGCUCACUCUGAUGAGGCUAUAUGGGAAGCUUUAGAAAAUGCUCACCUGAGCAAUUUUGUUCAUGACCUACCUGGCCAGUUGGAAUAUAUAUGUGAAGAAGGAGGACAGAAUCUCAGGUUAGUAAUGAAAGUCUAUAGUAAAGCCAUGAUAGUUUUUAUCUCUAUAGUGUUAUGAAAAAGUUGCAAAAAUCCCUUUACUUUCAAUGAAAGUAAUUUUUAAGGUGAAACGAUUAAUUUUCUCCUUCUGAUAAAAUUGAUGUACUGUAAAUGUUACUACAAGUGUAACUGUAAGUGUAAUUGUAACUACAACUGUUACUGUAAAUACAAGUGUAAGUGUAUCUACAACUGUACGUUUAAUAAAACUCCAUCAAUUUGAUUUUUUAAACUGCAGCGGCAAUCAUUUGAGGGAAAUAACUUUUUGUUAUUAAUAUUUUUUUUUAGACAACUCUUAGCCCAUAAAAAAUUUAGUAGUUGAUAAAAACAAAAUGAAAAAUGCAUUUGAUGUAAAUUCUUUGCACCGAUUCUACGUGGUUCUUACUUUAUCUUCAGUGUUGGUCAAAGACAGCUGAUUUGUUUAGCUCGAAGUCUUUUGAGGAAGACUAAAAUUUUAAUACUUGAUGAAGCCACUGCAGCAGUUGAUCUAGAAACAGAUUUUUUGCUACAGAAUACUAUAAGAGAGGCAUUUAAAUACUGCACAGUGCUGACUGUGGCACAUCGGCUCAAGACAGUCAUUGAUUAUGAUAGGUAA